UGGGCCCGGGUGCUGCGGCAGCCGCAGCGCCAGCCGCGGCUCCGGGCUCCGGCUCCCGGGCAUUUAAAGGGGACGCGGCGGCGGGCCGGGGGGAUGGAGGGCAGGUGGAGGGGACGGUCCAGGCGCACAUCAACCACGGCCCCUCGGGACCAGAGGGGCUCGUGAGUCGGAGCCCAGAAAUCCGGGGGUGGAUAAGACACCGCGUCCCCUCCAAUUCCCGUAAGCACCCCUGGCAACAUCCUGAGCUCAAAUACCUCAGCUAGAGACCCUCUCCCCACUCUUUACACUACAAACUCAGCCGGGACAGACCUCUGCCGCCGCCGCUCCCCACGUGAGUCCUGGGAUCCCCGAGCCUGUGGAAGAAACUCAGGGAUCCUGUCCCCCUUUGAAGGACUCUUAUUGGUGACCACAAAACUAUUUGAUCACUCAGGACAGUGCUAGAGGAGCUCUGGACGACUGCUAGAGGCCAACAGAUCCCCUACAGGUGGUGCUCAGGGUGAUGUACCAACAAUGAGCGGGUGUUUUCCAGUUGCUGGCCUCCGAUGCCUGUCUAGGGUAUGUCGUGGCCUGGCACGGGAGGCUCCUACCUCCCCAAGCCCCACUGCUUCUGCUGCCCGCUUGCUUCGGACUCUGGCAGGAACCCCACCCACUGACACGGCCCUCCAGGGGAACUGGUCUUGGAUGUGCCAGCGCCUCUGGCCAUGGCCCGCUAACCAGCCUCUCCCGGGCCGGCACCCGCCCUGCCCGCUGUCGCUUGCUCCCUUCUCCUCCUCCUGCUCCUCUUCCCUCUGCUCCCAGGACGGCGGGAUGGCUGCGCAGGGCGCGCCACGCUUCCUCCUGACCUUCGACUUUGACGAAACUAUCGUGGAUGAAAACAGCGACGACUCUAUUGUGCGCGCCGCGCCCGGCCAGAGGCUGCCAGAGAGCCUGCGUGCCACCUACCGUGAGGGCUUCUACAAUGAAUACAUGCAGCGCGUCUUCAAGUACCUGGGUGAGCAGGGAGUGCGGCCUCGGGACCUGCGCGCUAUCUACGAGGCCAUCCCCCUGUCGCCGGGCAUGAGCGACCUGCUGCAGUUCGUGGCCAAGCAGGGUGCCUGCUUCGAGGUGAUUCUCAUCUCGGAUGCCAACACCUUCGGCGUGGAGAGCUCUCUGCGCGCCGCGGGCCACCUCAGCCUGUUCCGCCGCAUCCUCAGCAACCCGUCCGGGCCCGAUGCGCGGGGGCUGCUGGCGCUGAGGCCCUUCCACACGCACAGCUGCGCGCGCUGCCCCGCCAACAUGUGUAAGCACAAGGUGCUCAGCGACUACCUGCGCGAGCGGGCCCACGACGGCGUGCACUUCGAGCGCCUCUUCUACGUGGGCGACGGCGCCAACGACUUCUGCCCCAUGGGGCUGCUGGCCGGCGGCGACGUGGCCUUCCCGCGCCGCGGCUAUCCCAUGCACCGCCUCAUCCAGGAGGCGCAGAAGGCCGAGCCCAGCUCUUUCCGCGCCACCGUGGUGCCCUGGGAGACCGCCACCGACGUGCGCCUCCAUCUGCAGCAGAUGCUGAAGACUUGUUGAGACCCGGCCUGCAAGGGGCGCCCGGGCGGAGGUGGGGGCGAGGAAGGGGGGAGAUCGAGAAAAAUAACCUAGUUUUAUUACUCCCUUUCCCUUUUCGCUUUGGUAUGUCCCUUGGAGAAUUUCUAGAAUUCUGGGCUCGUCCAUUUUGGGGUCUGGAGGAGGGAGUUCAGACCUGUCCCUAGCUAUGCAGUUAACCCAGCUCAGCUGCCUCUCCCAGAUCCAGGGCAAACAGUUAAAUUCUGGAGUCUGGCCCAACCUAGGUGAUGUAUAUACCUGAGAAGGCAGCAGCGUUUCCAAAAACGUCGUCCUUCGAACUGGGAGGAGGGGGUUCCCUGGCAGGGCAGAAAAGGAACAUCUCCCAGGGCUUUAACUGCUGCCUCAGGCCGUGUAACCUCCCCUCCCACAGUCUUGGGUCAUGGAGACCAAGGUCCCAAAAUCAUCCCCGCUGCACCGGACUCCCCGCGGAGAGAGAUGGCACUCUCCACCGACAGCCCCAGGCCUAGAACUUGCUUUACCAACCAGGACCCCAAACUACAUCCCUUCUUGCCUCCCUUCCACCACCCACCCACCAGCAUGCCCAAAGGUGAAAAAGCCAGAUGGGAAGUCGCCUCCUGGUGGUGGAACGAGGUAGCUCACUGUUCACCUCAGGUACGGCCAACCAGGGACCUCGCAGCGAGCGUGCAACGGUGUCUCCUCGCACCCCAGCUUCGUCUAUGCAGCAAGAGACCAGGGACUUAACCAAAGUAACCCCCCGCGGGCUGGGCCCUCUGUGCCCCCCAACCCCGCUUUUCCCGAAUGGAACAGAAAGCCAUGAUGUUUUAAAUCAGAGCCAGCGAAACCCAAACCCCUCCUCACUCUUUGGUGUUUUAGAGCUAUAAAGCAGGUGAAGGGGGAAGAGGUGACUGAGAUCUAUGGCGCCGCCAUGUGAGGGAUGAAGAUGAGGUUAUCUCUACUCUCAGAGGGUCCCCACUUCAAUGAG